AUUUUUAUCGGUUUAUAAUUUUUUCAAGAAUAAAAAAAAAAAACUUUAAUUCUCGUAGAAUCCGAAUUCAAACGUGAUAUAAAUAAAUAACUUUUUGCUGAUAUUUUUUUUCCCUCGACAUUAUUUAUCCUGUAACGAGGAAGAAGGUUCAUUUAAAACAUCGGAACCACUAAAGAGUGUCCAGGAUUCCGUUUCCAGUAAGGUGGAUUUACGCAAAGAUCUAAUUGUGAAGCAGUUGGUGUUAAAAGGAUUAGAGUAAGUCUGAUCUUGCAGUAUAACACUGAAAUGCGUUUUUUCGGGCUACCGUUUCAGCCCAGUUCAAAUAACGUCAUCUGUACGAAGAGAAUAAACGCUUUUAAUUUGAUAGGUGACGCAAACCCACUAAUAACGAAGAAAUUGUUAUAUUAAAUUGACACGCGAAACAAUCCAUGUUUCUAAGACUUGUGUUUUAUAUAAGGCAGUAUAUAUAGGGAACCACGCCCACAAGGCUUUUAUAGUCAGUGAGGCUGGAGCGAGUCCAGCAGAUGGAUUUUGAGGGUUCAAAUGGAUUGUAGAACAGCUGAGCAGCUAAGGCGCAAUAUGAGGCGUUUUGUUUUCUCUUUAUUUUGGCUUGUCGGGGAUUUGCAGCUGGCUCUUUCCGCUGGUUUGAAGGAUACACCGACUCUGGGGUCUAAAAAUACUCCUCGACUUCUGAGCAAAGAUAUUCUAAGCGUUGGGCUUGAAUACCAAAUUAAUCAGAACCACAGCGUGUUGUUCUAUGAGGAGGGCUCAGAUGAACUGUACCUGGGAGGCAAUGAUUUUAUAUUGAAACUCAAUGUGGACGACUUCCACGUCAUAGAGAAAUUUCAUCUGAAUGCAACGGGGCAAGAGGAAUGCCAAGAGGACCCCUGUGAAAAUGUUAUCACUGUCAUUGAGAAGUUUCAGAACAACCUGUUUGUCUGCGGGACAAACGGACAGAAACCAGAGUGCUGGCAACUUCGCCCUUCAGUGAACAAUCAGUCUCUUGAAAUAUUCGAUAGUCGUGAUGGGACUGGAAUCUCUCCAUUUAUCUACACACAGAACUCUCUAUCGCUCACAGUAGAAGGGGAUCUGUAUGCAGCAGCACCUUUGGAUGCUGAUGGAAGUACAUUGCAGUUCAGAAGAAAAGCUGGCCGCAGGACUAAUGUCUGGAUGUAUGACAGCUGGGUCUCAGAGCCCACGUUUGUCUCUGCGUCAUGGGUGCAGCGGAAGGACGACCCAGACAAUGAGAAAAUUUAUGUCUUUUUCCGUGAGAAGAACUCAGACCACAACCGAGAGGUUGACCCACUGAUAUCUAGGGUUGCCAGAGUUUGUAAGGUGGAUGAAGGUGGAUCAAAACGAUUUUUCCAGAACAUGUGGACAUCUUUUCUCAAGGCCCGUCUUGUGUGUGGAAUUCCAAAGGAGUCGCUGUAUUUUAACCGCCUCCAAGAUGUUUAUGUGAUGCAUGCAGACAACUGGCAAGACACCAAGGUCUAUGCCCUCUUCACGAGCAACUGGAAUUCUACAGCAGUCUGCAUCUAUACAAUAAAAAUGAUUGAAAAUAUAUUUGAGAACUCCAAGUUCAAGGGCUACAACGCCAACGUUCCCACACCAAGGCCAGGAACGUGUUCCAAGAACAGCAAGUCUUUGCCACGUGACACAGUCAAUAUUGUGAAGGAUCACUCAGAAAUGGCCGACUGGGUUGACUCAGAUCCUUUUUAUAUAAGCACCAACAACUACACCAAGAUAGUCGUGGACAGAGUUCAGGCUGCAGACCAAAGAUUUUAUAACAUUCUGCUUCUAGCUACUGAUUCCGGGAAGAUCCAUAAAGUCUUGGAGUCUGGGUCAGAACCUUUUAUCAUAUCUGAAACACAGCUCUCCAACUCUUCAAUCAUACAGUCAAUGAAGCUUGACUCUAAAAAGAAAACCUUAAUUGUGGGGUUUGCUGAGAGAAUAACUGCAGUGAACCUUCAGAGUUGUCAGGAGUACAGCAAGUCUUGCGAAGAAUGUGUUCUGGCCCGGGAUCCAUACUGUGCCUGGACUAACGAUGGAUGCACCUCGACUGUCCCCGGGAGCAUUCAGAAUAUCGUGGAUGGGAAAACAAACGUAUGCAAUUUAACAGUUAAAGCGCUAAGAAACCGGACCAAACGUGAGAUACGUCCAUUAUCAUCAGUGCAUUUGAGGACAGUUCAUUCAGUCCCCCAGGGUGUGCCUUUCUAUCUGUCCUGUCCUAUAGACUCCUACCACGCUGAGUAUACAUGGGAGCAAAAAGGCCAAAAUAGUCCUUGUUUGCAGAUGCUUACCAACUGUCUGCACCUCAUUCCUUCCAUGUCACAGGAGAACUAUGGCAUGUACAGAUGCAUUUCGAAAGAGAAAGACUACAUCAAAGUGGUGGGAACAUACGAGCUCAUAGAGAACCAAGAACCAAAAAAGUGCUCAAAAAGCAAUACACCUGACAACUGGAACGCUGCACCAGCUCUUAUUCCAGAGAUGAUAUGGAUCACGCUGCUUGUGGCAAUAAUUUCUUUUUGAACUGACUCUCUGUUACUCACUACUUUUAAUUUGCAGUGUCAAAAUGUCAAGCCCCCUGUAUUCAUGGUUAUAAUAAUGCACCAACGGAAAUCCAAGUCAAACCUUUAGCGGAACCUUACACAGAAACAUUUCUGUUGUGAAAAAAGCUUAUUGUUUCAAAGAGGGGCUAGAACAGGAAGUGGGCAGAAAAAGAAAGAAGUACAACCGGUCAGCUGCAGUGAACACUGCAUUAGAAUGGUCUCUAAUGGUGACUGAAAACAUCUGAGCAUCUUACAUAAAACACUUUAGCUGAGUACCUUUCUUCCUUUUAACACAAUGAAAGAAAUGGAAGGCACAGAAAGUAAUCAGAGGUAAUUCCUCCAUUCUUGAAUGCAUAUCUCAAGUCAACAACACUAUUAAACUAUGAGUGUAAGUGGGAAAGCUUCCAGUCAAAGGGCCACAGACAAUCUUUAAACAGUAAGUCAGCUUAAUUGUAAGUCUUACCACUUUCCUCUUUCCAUUUUAGUCCAUAUAGAGCCCAAAAAAAUUGGGGGGGGGGGGAGCUCUUUCCACUUUAGUCCAUAUAGAGCCAAACAAUGUAAAUUAUCUGUUUAUUUUUUGACACUGCACUGCUGACCAGAUAAUUUAAGAAUGUGUCUCCACCUUCUUUUUGCCUAGCUGUCUCAGUGCUCAGAAAGAUAUUUUAAAAAUGUACAAUGAAAAUAUUUGGCUUUUGAUAUUGGGAAAUGGCUUCUCUCAGUAUUUAAAAGCAGUUAGGUCAAAAAUACUCUAAAACAUGCAAAAGUUUGGCCUAUUUGUAGUGUUAUAAUUUCUAACACAUACUCAGUGAAAUUGGGUAUGUGUUUUCCUGACGCUGGACAGAGUAGGGAUAGUGAAGGUGGAUGAGUUGGCAUUGCUCAUCCACAGCAGGGAUAAUGCAUAAAAGAGGAGAAGAAGCAAGUGCAGGUAGUGUGGAGUGGAUGGAAACGAUUGACGGGGUGAUUUGUGACAGAAGGAUAACAGCAAGAGUGAAAGGGAAGGUUUACAAGAUGGCAGUGAGACCUGUUAUGAUGUACGGUUUGGAGACGGUGGCAGUGACAAAAAGACAGGAGGCCGAGCUGGAGGUGGUAGAGAUUUGAUUUUGUUGGGAUUAGAAAUGAGUCGAUCAGAUGGACAGCUCAGCUGAGACUCAGCUGAGACACAGCUGAGACGGUUUGGGGAAGUGCAGAGGAGGCGUAUUAUUAUACUGGAAAGGAUGUUAAAGAUUGAGUACCACUAUAAGAAAAAACAUAACAAAAAUCUUAUUUUCGUACACAUUUUGUGUCCCUUCAGUUUGACAGUAUUAUAGCACUGAUAGCACUUUCUUUUUUUUCUUUUUUUGAUGAUCUAUACUAUAAUACAAAUAAAAUAGUGCACAUAAUAUUGUUAAAAUGAAUUAUUUUAAUCACCUUGUAGAGAAAACCUCUAAAGAACACAGAGUUGGCCUCAGUAGCCUGAGAUGGAGUCAGAUUCCUUACCUGAAUUAUUGCUUUAGUCCCUUGAGUGUUAUAGAGCAAUAAUGUAGCUAAUGAACCACUUAAAACUUUAUUUACACCAGAAUGUACUAAGCUGUGCCUUGUGUUGCUUUAAUUCUAUGAAUUUAACAUAAUGUCUCUUUAUAGCUUGUGUCAUCAUGUAGUCUUUGUUACACACAUGUAUUUUGGUACGGUAUUAACUUGUUAUUUAAUCCUGAAUGUUUUAAAAAAAACUGUUUUUUUUUAAUAUGAAAAGCAUUAUUUAUUUCAAUAUUCACAAAAUAUUUAAAGAGAUAAGAAAACUU